ACACAAUGUGCCUGAGACACAGAGGAGGACAGCACUGGCAGCCCCACAGGCUCACUGAGAUGGUUCACUGACAACAGGCUUCUUGUGUGUGGACGGACCUCAGCUAACAUGAACAAACUGGCAAAGGCUCUGUAUGACAACACUGCAGAGUGUGCAGAUGAGCUGGCUUUCAGAAAAGGGGACAUUGUCAUGGUGAUGGAUCAAAGCGUGGCUGGGACCAGUGGAUGGUGGAUGUGUUCUCUUUAUGGACGCCAUGGGCUGGCCCCUGCAAAUAGACUGCAGCUUUUACCACAAACUGGAACCACUGCAAGCUCAUUAAGCCAUGACACAGAAACAUCCAGAUUUACUGAUGCUGAAACUGAUGACAGUGUGCAAAAUAUCUACCAGAUCCCAUGUGUACCCCGACCAUCCAGCAGCCCAGCUUAUGAACGCAUGGAUAAGAUCUACAAGGUCCCGUCCACUCAUUUAUCAGCUUCAAAAAUUCCAGUGCAGCAGGCACUAAGGCACAGCAAAGAAGGACCUGAGGAAAACCAGCCUUCAUUCUCAAGCAAGCUGUCCAGUUCUACAGGAGAGGUUUACGAUGUCCCGAGCCAAGCAAGACGAGCUUCUCUUUUCAGCGCAUCAACCACUCCCAGACAUACGCCACGGAAACCCUCCCUGAUUCCAAUUUCAGAGCUGGAGAAAAGAUUUGAUUCUCCGGAGAGUUUAAGUUGUGGCAAUCCGGUAGACUCUUAUGUGUAUGCAGUUCCACCAUCCUUGCCUCAGGAUCCAAACUAUGAUAUCCCUGUUCCUUCCACCACAGAAGCCCAACAAAUAAUGAUGGGUGGAUACAGCACCCUUCCCAUCCCCUGCAAGCCUGAGUGGAUUUAUGAUGUGCCAGUGGGUCCUGAGAAACUUAGUCCAACCCAAAUCUCCAAUGAUACCAUGCCCUCCAAAGCCAUUUGUAGACUCUAUGACACUCUUUCAGCACAUCCUUGGCCCAUUCAAGGAGGCAUUGCAACCUCCUUGCUUUAUGAUAUACCAAAACACAAUUCACUUGACAUCGUGAGUCCACCCAAAGUGUUGCCAAGGGCCCCAAUUUAUGACAAGCCCCCAACUCAGAGGAUUGUGGAGGACAUUGUUUAUGCAGUUCCACCCCAGGAGGAACCUUUAACUCGAGUUCUCAAUCAACCGUCCAGUGAUCAUAUCCCAUUAGAGUGCAGGGGCGACUCAAGUAAUGCUCAUGAAUUCACAAAGGUGCGUCUGCAGCGAAUGAGGAACUUUCUGGCCUGCACAUCUUUCCAUUACCUUCCCGGAAGUGGGGAGUCACCAGUGCAAGAGGACAAUGAUCAAAGUAAAACCCUGCGACUCUCCGCAGCAGACAGUCAAAGAAUCAGCAGGGCCUCCAGCUCCUCCGCUAGCUCCUGUGACUCUCUGACUCUGAAUUCCCCCUCUCCCGAGCCUCUGCGAGAAGUGACGCUCAGCCAGGAUCAAGCCUGUCGCAAAAUUCUGGACCUGCAAAUUUCAAUUUGCGAGGCUGUCCCCCGUCUUAUGGAGUUUGUCAGCAGUCACUGGAGGAGCAAAGAACACCUGGAGAAACACCUGAAGGAAAUCAAAGAAGCAUCAGAGGGGAUUGCAUGUUCUCUUAUGUGCUUCCUAAACUUUGCUUUGGAUGUUAAGGGCAAUGCACGCCUUUUGACCGAUGCCAACCUUCAGACAAGGCUCUAUAAACAGCUGUCCAUUGUGGAAGACUCAGGCAUGAUCCUUCAACAAACAGUUAGUGCACUGAAUAUGACUGGCUGGACCCUGAAUACACUUUGUCAGGACUCUGGGCAGGUCCAGGUACCUGAUCAACUGGAGCGCUUCGUUAUGGUGGCCCGCACUGUUCCAGAGGACAUCAAGCGUCUGGUAUCCAUCAUCAAUGCCAAUGGCAAGCUUCUGUUCAGAGCCUCACAGAAAGCUCCAGAGCCUCUCAACCCCUUAGGUCAGCUGGAUAUAAAGAAGAGUCCUGAUGUGAGUGAACCAGGAGGGGCCUUGGUGGAGGAUGACAAUGACUACGUAGAGCUACAGACACAAAUUGACUUUGAAAAGCAGCAGAUGGAAGUGCAGAAAGAACCAAGAGAUAAAGUCACAUCAGACAAAGUCUAUAACAAUAUACAGGCUCUUAACAAGCGUCACUCCUCUGAGUCCUGCAGCGGCACAGAAGAACAUCGACCAGCCUCUGUGUCAGAGCACUGCCGGCUUUAUUUUGGUGCUCUCCAGAAGGCCAUCGGGGGAUUUGUGGGCAGCCUCCGGGAUGGUCAGCCACCAGAGAAAUUCAUCUCGCAGAGUAAACUGGUGAUCAUGGUGGGCCAGAGGCUGGUGGACACCCUGUGCAGAGAGGCCCAACGUGGAGGGUCCCCCCAGAGCCUCCUGUGUAAGAGUAACCACCUGUGUGCUCUUCUGAAGCAGCUGGCUGUGGCCACCAAGAAGGCAGCACUGCACUUCCCUGAUAAGCAAGCUCUGCAUGAGGCUCAAGAGUUUGCUAAAGAACUUGCCCAAAGAGCACAGCACUUUCGAAAAUCGCUUGACCUCUGAACAUAUCAAGCACGUGGAUUUGUUUGUACAGCAAAAAACAUUUAGUCAUCAUCUCUUUUAGUUUUCAUUCAUGCCAUAUUCAACUACAUUGAUGCUUCACUAGCCAAAGGGUCAUCACUUGAGCUAAAAUUCGCCACAAUUAUGAAUGCAGGUACUGGUUACUACAGUGGAGGAAAUAAUUAUUCGAUCCCUUGCCGAUUUUGUAAGUUUACCCACUUACAAAGAAAUGAACAGUCUAUCAUUUUAAUGGUAGGUUUAUUUGACUAAUGAGAGACAGAAUAUCAAAAAUAAUAUCCAGAAAUGUACAUCAUAUAAGAGAUAUCAAUUAAUUUGCAUUUAAUUGUGUGAAAUAAGUAUUUAAUCCCCCAACGAGAAUUCUCCCACAGACCAACCGGUCUGUGGGAGAAUAACAUACGUCCUCUUCCUUUAAGAAAGUACUCCCAAUAUCAACUUUGUUACCUGUAUAAAAGACACCUGUCCACAGAAUCAAUCAAUCAGAUUCCAACCUCUCCACCAUGGCCAGACCAAAGAGCUGUCUAAGGACCUCAGGGACAGGAUUGUAGACCUGCACCAGGCUGGGACUGGCUACAAGACCAUCAGAAAGCAGCUUGGUGAGAAGGAGACCACUGUUGGUGCCAUUAUUCAGAAAUGGAAGAAACACAAAAUGACCAUCAGUCGCCCUCGGUCUGGGGCUCCUUUGGGGGUGUUUCUCUGCUAAGGGGACAGGACGACUUCCCUGCAUCGAGGAGAGGAUGUACGGGGCCAUGUACCGUAAAAUCUUUGCCGAUAGCCUCCUUCCCUCAGCCAGGACUCUGAAAAUGGGUCAUGGAGGGGUCUUCCAGCAGGACAAUGACCCUGAACAUACGGCCAAGGCAACACAGGAGGGGCUAAAGAAGAAGCACAUUUAGGUGAUGGAGGGGCCUAGCCAGUCUCAAGACCUUAAUCCCAUAGAACAUCUGUGGAGGGAGCUGAAGCUUCCAGAGGCCAAGCAUCAGCCUCAACACCUGCAGGAUUUGGAGAGGAUCUUCAGAGAGGAGUGGACCAACAUCCUUCCUGAGAUGUGCACAAACCUGGAGACCAGCUACAAGAAGCGUCUGACCUCUGUGUGUCCAACAAGGGUUUCUCCAGCUAUACUAAGACAUGUUUUGCAAGGGGAUCAAAUACUUAUUUCCCACAGUUAAAUGCAAAUCAAUUAUGAUCUUUUAUAUAAUGUCAAUUUCUGGAUUUUCUUUUUGAUAUUCUUACUCUCACUGUUAAAUUAAACCGACCAUUAAAAUGAUAGAUUGUUCAUUUCUUUGUAAGUGGGCAAACAUACAAAAUCUGCAAGGGAUCAAAUUAUUAUUUCCUCCACUGAAGGUAGAAAGAAAGCAUCCAAAAUAAGUUGCACAUUUAGGAUACUGUACUCAAGCCAAUUUAUAAUGCAAUUCAAAUAUAAAGUAUAAAAAAACAUUUGUAUUAUAUAAUUUACAACAUUUUGUACUUGGAAUAUGUUUUUGUUGAUGUUUUAUGUAUUUUAUUUCUUUAUUGUAUAAGAGGUAUACUCUUCAGGGUAAUAGUUUGAUACAGUAUUCUUUUUAUGAAUAUAUGGAAAUACUCUUAAAGAAAUUUGUUAGGCAUUCCCAAACAUCAUGUUGGCUUGGAUUGAUAUAAAAAAUAAAAAAUGAGCACUUUCUAUGA